GCGGUCGCAUCCCCCCACACAACUCUCCACUUGAUACCUAGAGCCCCGGUCGGAGCACCCUCUCAGUCCGCACUGGUUCUUCGACUCAGACUCGAGGAUUUCGGGAUCCAAGCUUUGAGCCAGCCCAGCCGGAUUCACUAACAGCCACCGCCAUGGAUGAGCUUAACCAGGAUCAACUUGCCAUGCUUAAGAAGGCUUUCGAUGCCUUCGAUCACGAGAAGAAAGGCUGCAUCUCUACCGAGAUGGUCGGCACCAUCCUGGAGAUGUUGGGCAUCCAGGUGACUGCAAAGAUGUUCGACGAAAUCAUCGCUGAAGUCGAUGCUGACGGCUCCGGUGAGCUGGAGUUUGAAGAGUUCUGCAUGCUCUCAUCUCGCUUCCUGGUUGAGGAGGACGCUGAGGCGAUGCAGCAGGAGCUGCGCGAAGCCUUCCGUCUCUACGACAAGGAGGGCAACGGCUACAUUACCACCGACGUGCUCCGCGAGAUCCUCCGUGAGCUGGACGACAAGAUCACCGCCGAGGAGUUGGACAUGAUGAUUGAGGAAAUUGAUUCUGACGGCUCCGGCACUGUGGACUUUGACGAGUUCAUGGAGGUCAUGACCGGUGGAGACGAUUAAACUGAUUGACCAUGCCACUUAAAGCAGCAACAGGAACACCAACAGUGAUGGCUGGACCACCUUUUUGAUUCUUACACAAUCUAAACACACGCACACUCUUGCUGGGCCAGGAGUUAUUCCUUUUUUGUUACUAUAUGCCAAGAUAAUGGAAUGCUAAUUUGUUACCGCAAUAAACGUAAUUUGGCUAAUA